AUGGCGACCAUCCGAGAAGCCCUGAAAAAUGUGGAUGAGACCCUGUGUGAAGAUGCACUCUGCCCACACCCGCUGUGCUGGGAGACCCUGAGGCGGCUGCAGCGUGGGCUUCCUCGCAAGAGACUAGAGUCCAUUCACAAAGUCCCUCCGGAAACUGAAGAUGAGUUGCCAUCACUGAGUUUACUGGCGCUCCCCCAGUGGAGUGCGGAUCGGAUGUUUGGUGCAUUGGAUCUACCCAUAACAUCAGCAACAACCAGUGUCAGUUGUCAGUCUCAUGAAGCAGCCAGACCUGGUAGCCCACAGACUAUGAUGGGGUACAACUUAGAAGACAGGUGCACAAACAAAUUAAUGGGACACCCAUCUCUGGGCUCACCCAACUCAGGGCUCAUUGCUGAAGCAACUAAUGUAGCGGAGUUGAAGCAACCUCCAUCAUCUUGUGACCAGUACCUGGGGAAGACAGUGUUUAUCUGGGUCCCAAACCCCUCAUACGAUCGGAGACGGCAGAAAAAGCGGACACAAUCCAUCACAUCUGCACGGCAGGUCACUGUCCAAGAACUCAGGUUCCAGGGUCAGCCCCAUGAUGAACAGAAACAAAGUCAAAAAACGAAAAAGAAGGCAAAAGACUAUGUCCCUACUGGUGGGCAACCAUACACCUUCCUUGCCAGACAACAGCAGCUCCUCAAGGAAUGGAAAGAUACAACAAAGGGCAAAAAACAUUUACUAGAGUUGGCUGGACCAAACCAGAGUGUGGAUGAGAGUCAGGAUUCUAGAAAGCUCUCAGCCCAAGUUGUGCCAUCCCUAAUCAACAAGAAAUUUGCCCUGCGUAGCCUCACGGAGAAGCAGCAGCAAGUUCCACCAACCACCCGCUGCAAAAUGGAUGGCAAGUUCUUGAUUGGCAAGAGGAUGAACAUCAUUCAGAUGGAGAUUUUGAAGCAUCACAAGUACUUGGAUAAGAAUCUUUUUACUUCCCACAAGGCAGUCACAGGAUCUGAGUGCCGGCCUACUCCGAUCUCCUCCAUGGAAGGUGAAUGGAUGGAGCAAUACCCUGAAUUAUUUCAAAGGGAUUUGAGGAAUAUUUCAACUCACUAUUCAAACCUAGGUGACAACAGACAGUGCACUGACGUUAUACCGGAAAUGAUUAUCGAAAUGCAGGGCAGUUUAUCAACUGCUGUGGAUAACCAGAUUACAGCGGAGACUGACGUAGAGAGAAAAUUCCCAAGCAGUAAACUAACAAAGCCAGGAGAUGAAGUGCAAAUUGCAAAGCAGAUUGAUGAGCAACCUCUGUGUAGCACCACUGAAAUGGGGUCUCCGAUUGUGGAACAAAAAGGCUCCACAGUUGCUGAGAGGAAUCACCAGGUUGUCUCCAGUAUGACCACUGAUAUGGAGUCUCCGACUGUAGAAAACAAACCCUCUGAAACCAGCCUUUCAGUUGCUGAGAGGAACUCCCAGGAUUUCCCCAGUACUACCACUGAUAUGGGGUCACCAACAGUGGGACAGAUACUAUCUGAUACCAGCCGUUCAGUUGCUGAAGGACGUUACCAGAAUACUCCCAGUACUACCAGUGAAAUGGGAUCACCAACAGUGGGGCAGAUACUAUCUGAUACCAGCCGUUCAGUUGCUGAAGGACGUUACCAGAAUACUCCCAGUACUACCAGUGAAAUGGGGUCACCAACAGUGGGACAGAUACUAUCUGAUACCAGCCAUUUAGUUGCUGAAGAAAGUUCCCAGGGUACUCCCAGUACUAUCACAGAAAUGGGGUCGCCAACAGUGGGACAGAUACUAUCUGAUACCAGCUGUUCAGUUGCUGAAGGGUGUUACCAAGAUACUCCCAGUACUACCACUGAAAUGGGGUCACCAGCAGUUGAACAGAUACCAUCUGGUACCAGCCAUUUAGUUGCUGAGGGAAGUUACCAAGGUACUCCCAGUACUACCACAGAUAUGAGGUUGCCAACAAUUGAACAGAUACCAUCUGAUACUAGCCAUUUAGUUGCUGAAGGAAGUUACCAAGGUACUCCCAGUACUACCACUGAAAUGGGAUCACCAACAAUGGGACAGAUACUAUCUGAAAACAGUCUUUUAUUUGCUGAAGGAAGUUACCAGGGUAUUCCCAGAACACCUGAAAUGGGGUUAUCAAUAAUGGGACUGAAACUAUUUGAAAGCAGUCUUUCAGUUGCUGAAGGAAGUUACCAAGGUAUUCCCAGAACACCUGAAAUGGGAUCAUCAAUAAUGGGACUGAAACUAUUGGAAAGCAGUCUUUCAAUUACUGAAAGAAGUUAUCAGAAUACUCCCAGUACUGCCACUGAAAUGGGGUCACCAACAGUGGGACAAAUACUAUUUGAAAACAGCCAUUCAGUUGCUGAAGGAAGUUACCAGGGUACUCCCAGUCCUACCACUGAAAUGGGGCCACCAAUAGUGGGACAGCUACUGUCUGAAAACAGUCUUUCGUUUGUUGAAGGAAGUUACCAGGGUACUCCUAGUACUAUCACAGAAAUGGGGUCAUCAGUAGUGGGACAGAAACUAUUGAACAGCAGUCUUUCAGUUGCUGAAGGAAGUUACCAGGGUAUUCCCAGUACUAUCACAGAAAUGGGAUCUCUGACUGCCGAACAGAUACAGUCUGGUGAUGAAAUCAGUCAAGUUACUGGAAGAAAUGGAAAGGAAGAUCUCAGUAUUGCCAGUGAAAAUAAUGUUCUGAACCUAGAUCACCAAAAUUCCAAAAGGUCUGAAGACCGUCAGAACAGCACUGACAUAACCACAAGAGUUGAACAAGAUUCUGCAGCUCCCAGUGAAGGCAUAUCCUCACAUGUUGCAGAGAUGGAUCUAAGAGGUGCAGAGAUUUAGCACCAAUGAUGCGUGGAAAAUUAUCAGUUAAAAUUGUUUCUUCUCUCACUUUUUUGCUGUCUCUUUUAAUGAUAUCAAACAUGAAGACUUUUGUGAUGCUGGUGAUAGUCAUGAUUUGGAAUGGUGUAAACUUACAUUUGUUAUGUUGGUCAAGGUGGACCACAUUAACACUGAAGAAUGAAAUAUUCUUGCUAUCCAUUGUCCAAUUCAGGUUUUCAUAAGUCAGAAACAUUUCACCCAGAUAUUGAAAGUAGUCACAGCCAUGUGCCUUGAUUCCAACUCCAGAAAAGCAUCCCUCCUGGACCAGAAAAAUACUUCAAAUAGUAGUAACGUCUGUAUCAUGAUCAGAGGUUCUGUCUACAAAUUAGUUUCCCCCUUGCUUGCAUGACUGCUUUUCCUUAUGGGAUUAAAUAUUUUCUGUGCCUAUAUUGCUGUGUUAUCAUUGUGAGAACAAAUAUCCUCUAAUAUUACAUUUAUAUUUAUGUUUUCUCUUUGUGGUUCCUCUUUUUUAUUCCUCAGUCUCUACUGAUUCUUCAUUGCUUUGAUGUUAUAUUGUCUGCACAUUAUCUUGUGAUAAUCUGUCUUUAUUGAUCUACCUUCAGUCUGUUUCUCACUGCAGAUUUCUCAGCAUCUCAGCUGCUUAGCAGAAAAAGCUAUGUGCAACCAUGUCACAUUUUUACAUUUUAUAUUUUUAAAAAUUAUUUUGAAGUGAAUUCUCAGGAUGUGUGCAUCACUGGCAUUAAUUGCUUAUCCCAGUUACUGUUGAGAAGGAGGCUAUGACCCAAUUUUUGAACUACUUUUUGGUACAAUCAAACAGCUUGCUAAGAUAUGUCAAGGUCAACUAAGAGGUCAAUGAUCACUGUGACACUAAGAUCACUGCCAAGAGACAAGACAGAGAUUGCCUUUCCCAGAACACAUGAUUUCAAUGUGUUUGCUUCCCUGUUAUGAUAAUUUCACAG